CUGGAGCCGCGGGCGGGGCGAGACAGGCAGGAGAGAGCUCGGUUUCUCACUUUGUACAGUGUACUCACACUUUUCAAAUAUUUGUACCCGAGGUGUGCGGGCCUCGACUUGUGCUCACCAUGGUUGGAAAACGUCAGGGGACAGGACGGUCGCACCUGCUGCAGGGAGCGCGCACUCGCUGCCCGGCCACUGCGCAUGCGGAGCCGCCGCGCGCCGCGCCUGAUGACGUCGCCCUGCGUGCGCACGCCCGGCCGCGCCUCUGCGUCGGCGUCCCCGCGGUGUUCAGGGCCUUGCGGCGUCCUCUCCGGUCCGAAUUGUGCUUCCGGUGCGAGGGUCACGGACAAGAUGGUUCCGCCGGUGCAGGUCUCUCCGCUCAUCAAGCUUGGCCGUUACUCCGCCCUGUUCCUCGGCAUGGCCUACGGCGCCAAGCGCUACAAUUACCUGAAACCUCGGGCAGAAGAGGAGAGGAGGCUUGCAGCCGAGGAGAAGAAGAAGCGGGAUGAGCAGAAGCGCAUCGAGCGGGAGCUGGCGGAAGCCCAAGAGGACACCAUAUUGAAGUGAACCGCCCUUCUCCAGAGCAGCGUGGAUAAAUAAAGCUCUCUGUGCGCCUCCGA